UCUGUUUGUCCCUCGUCGGUCUCCGUCCUCAGGGUUUGCGGAAGUGUGACUCAGACUCGCUGACGAACUGAGAGCGGAAAUAAAACAUGUUCAGAUUAAAGACCCUCUCUGGUCACCUGUUUCCUCCCUCUGACCACAGGGCGGCGCUCUGCAGGUCAGACUGCGGGUCAGGAACCGGAGCUGCGUGCAACAAGGAACCGGAGGAUGUGGUGGUUGUUCACGGACUGAGGAGCGCCAUCUGCAGGGCGAAGAGAGGAUCGUUCAAGGACACCACUCCUGACGAGCUACUGAGCGCGGUCAUGAAAGCUGUUUUGACAGAUGUUGGCCUGUCACCCAAUCAGCUGGGGGACAUCUGUGUAGGUAAUGUGUUGCAGCCUGGAGCCGGAGCUCUGAUGGUCAGAGUGGCUCAUUUUCUCAGUGGGUUUCCAGAGACAGUUCCCGUCUACACCGUUAACAGACAGUGUUCCUCUGGACUUCAGGCUCUUUUUAAUGUAGCAGGAGCCAUCAGAAGUGGAUCCAUUGAUCUGGGCCUCGCCUGCGGUGUGGAGAGCAUGUCUCUGCGUACGAUGGGGAACCCUGGAGAUCUGAGCUCCAGGCUGAUGGACAACGACAAGGCCAGAGACUGCAUCAUGCCCAUGGGCAUCACGUCAGAGAACGUUGCAGAGAGAUUUGGAAUCUCGCGAGAAAAACAGGACGCCUUCGCUCUGAGCUCCCAUCAAAAAGCGGCCCGGGCUCAGAACAUGAACCUGUUCCACCACGAGAUCGUUCCCGUCACCACCAGGUUGUUGGACAACGCAGGUGAAGAGCACGAGGUGACGGUUCUUAAAGAUGACGGCAUCAGACCUGGAACGACUCUGGCAGGACUGAGUAAACUGCGACCGGCCUUCAAACCGGAUGGCAGCACUACGGCAGGUAACUCCAGCCAGAUGAGUGAUGGAGCCGCAGCCGUGCUGAUUGGCCGCAGGUCUGCAGUGGAGGCUCUGGGUCUGCCGGUGCUCGGGGUCCUGAGGGCGAGCGCCGUGGUCGGGGUCCCGCCUGAUGUCAUGGGCAUCGGACCUGCGGCUGCCAUCCCUGCAGCUCUGGAGCAAGCUAAACUGACGCUGGACGAUAUCGACGUGUUUGAAAUCAACGAGGCGUUUUCCAGUCAGGCGGUUUACUGUGUGGAGAAGUUGGGGAUCCCGCCAGAGAAGGUGAAUCCUAACGGCGGCGCCAUCGCUCUGGGUCACCCUCUGGGCUGCACCGGAGCUCGACAGGUGGUGACGCUGCUCAACGAGCUGAGACGCAGAGGGAAGAGGGCGUACGGCGUCGUGUCCAUGUGCAUCGGGACCGGGAUGGGAGCAGCGGCUGUCUUCGAAUACCCCGGACCAUAGGAGCACGCCUGCAGUGGUUAUCACCGUCUAAUUAACAACCAAUCAGGUGUGAUCAGGGACCGAGACCUGCAGAUAAUCGAUAAAUCCAUCAACAGGAAACAAAUCCACAUAAUCUGAUGUUUGAGUCGAGAACAAACUGCGUCGUUCGGAAGUUUUGCUGCUUUUGUGUCGGAAACAAUAUUUUUCACUAUUUUCUGAAUUUCUACGGUUGAAACGUGAUUUUUUUUUCCAGUGUUUCUUUUUAAGUUCUUUGAAGUUAAAAACCACUGAAGCUCAGUUUACACCAGACGAGCUGACCAAUCAGAGACUUUGUCAGGGGGGUCUUAAAGAGACAGCAGCUAAAACCAAGUGUUUGAGACAGAGGCUGAAAAGAGGAGCUGCAGCGAUGGACAGUCGGAGGAAAGUGAUGCUGAACAUUAGAGCAUGAAAACAUUUUAGUCAUAACAUUAAUUAAAAUGAACAAUGUUUCUCCUUUAAAUUGUACAACUUUAUUAACAGAUACAAUUACUGUUUUCUAACAGACUGUAAUAAAGAGUUUAUUCUGGAUCUUC